CUCGAUUUAAUAUUUAAUCUGUGAUUCUGUGCUUUCUUAAGAAAUUGCAAGCGGUCGUCGGUGGGAGAUUUGUUGUGAUUUUUCGAAUUAUUUAAUCAGGCUAUGAAACAAAGGUGCAAUCAAUAUAACAAACGUUAAAAUGGCGGGGGCAAAUGGCGUUGGUGCGACUCACUGAGCGCGCCCCGCUCCGCGCCCCCUCCCGAGUAAAUAGGUCGCAGGCAUUUUCGAGGAAGUAACAUUGAAACAAACCGAGUUCUAAUGGCUUACCAAACGACUUGUACCGAAAGAAAUGAAGUUGUUAGACGAAGAGGUGAUCCAAACGAUUCCGGCGUGGAUGUAGAAAAUGGAAACCCAUUGGAUGACGCGACCACGUCUAAUGAUAGCGAUUUGUUGGAGAACGAAGUUAUGGUAGAUCCUUGGAGCAGUAUGGACUCUUCAAAUUCGCCAUUAACUGACUCUGGGCCAUCCGCCAGCGAAGACUGCACCCCAUCUACUUCUAGUGAACCUCGGAGACCUUUAAAUGCCUCUUCUCCAAUUUCGUCGGAUGCGCGCCGCUUACCGAACCCAAAAGAUACCAAACCCAGAUAUUCCAAACACCUCGCUCCGAAACCGAUCGACAAAGCGCGCAACCGCGAUCUUACUCUUGACCUAGAUCAUCUUGAUUCUGAUCCUCUCUCACGCCGGCCGCAUUUUCUUGACGAUGAUUAUCACCUGCCGUCAAAAUCUAACAUCGAAUGUCGAAUACCUAAACCACACUUUCUCGAUCAUUCGCCAUCACCGGAUGAAUUUGACGAACGUAGUGAUAUUACCAACCCAAAUUUCUUAGAUGAUGAGGCGGAGGGCGAUGACAAUCAAACGCAAAAGAAAGCUGGUGCUCUUCCAAAAAGAGCAACAAAACCUCAAUCUUCCAAUUAUACAUCACAAGAAGACCGACCGCACAGAACAAAUUACAGAAGUACCUUGCAUUAUGGGUUGGAAAGCGCAGCUAGAUCGAGUGAACGCGAUAAAAGAGCCUCGCAAUUAUAUAGAGGGACGUGGCCUGGAGAACGGGAUGUUUGGACGGGUCAUGAUUCAGCAAGUGUACGAAGUUUCUCUAGUAAUGGAUCAGACGGGCCACGCUCUUCAUCGAACUUAGAAAAUAAAAUGGAAUGUGUAUGCUCACUUAUUUCCUUACUAAGUUUAUCACCUGAAAAUAACGCCGAUCUAAGUGGACCUCUUCUAGACAUGAGUAGGUCUGUUGAAAGUUGUAUUGCAAUGAGACAAGCAGGGUGUAUUCCAUUAUUGGUUCAAUUAAUUCACUCGAAAGUAGCCAGAGAAACUAGAGAUCGUGCUGCAAAAGCUCUUCGAAAUAUUAUUCACACGCAAACUGAUGAUAAAGCUGGUAGAAGAGAAGCAAGAGUGUGGAGAUUGCUAGAACAAGUAAGAGAAUAUUGUUAUGUACUUGAAGAUUUGGUAGAAGCUAGAAAAGAAGGAAAGGAAGCAAUAGAAGAUGAUGUAACUAAACAUCCUAGCCAAAGUGUGGCUGCAUUAAUGAAAUUAUCUUUUGAUGAGGAACAUCGUCAUGUAGUUUGUCAAUUAGGAGGAUUGCAAGCUCUAGCGGCAUUGGUGAGUGGAGACCAAGCAGCACAUGGAAGCAGAACUGAUGACAAUACAUGUUUGACAAUGAGAAAAUACGCUGGUAUGACGUUAACUAACUUGACUUUUGGAGACGGCAACAACAAAUCUUUACUAUGCUCAUUUAAAGACUUCAUGUUAGCGCUGGUCGAACAAUUAGAGUCACCGAACGAUGAUAUGCGACAGGUCACAGCAGCUGUACUCAGAAACCUUUCAUGGAGAGCAGACACAAACAGCAAACAAGUUUUAAGAGAAGUAGGUGCUGUAAAAGGACUUACAAAAGCAGCUAUGACAUGCCAAAAAGAAGCAACCCUAAAAUCCGUUCUCUCUGCACUUUGGAAUCUUACAGCUCAUUGCUCUAUGAACAAAGUUGCCCUAUGCUCAGUCGAUGGAGCUUUGGGAUUUCUCGUAGAUAUGCUAAGCUAUAACUCGCCUACAAAAACUUUGGCAAUCGUGGAGAAUGCUGGUGGCAUAAUGCGAAACGUGUCCAGUCACAUCGCAGUACGUGAAGAUUACAGGCAAAUUCUCCGUGAGAGAAAUUGUUUAAGUGUCUUGCUCCAGCACCUCAAAUCUCCAAGUCUAACAGUAGUAAGCAAUUCGUGCGGUACUCUGUGGAAUCUGUCAGCGAGGUGCCCUCAAGAUCAGCAAUUUCUGUGGGACCAUGGAGCAGUACCGAUGCUUCGAAGUUUAAUCCACUCAAAGCACAAAAUGAUAGCAAUGGGAUCGAGCGCUGCUCUCAAAAAUUUAUUGAACUCUAAACCCGGAAAGACACACAUAAUAUCAUUAGACACAACAGCGAGAAGUAUGAAUUUGCCUGCACUGCCGACUCUCGGUGCAAGAAAACAAAAAGCUCUGGAACAAGAAUUAGACCAAAACUUGGCUGAAACUUGCGAUAACAUUGAGCCUGCUACUUCGCCUACCACUAGCAAUAGAGAAGAAAAGAAUCUUUUUACAGCUACAGAAAGACAGAUUGCAAUGAACCUAGAAAGACAUAGGAUGACUUCCAGUUCGCCACUUAUGGGUUCUCUGACGUCACAAAUAUCGCUUAGUCAUAGUGCACACUUGGCUAGUUAUCUAAGCUGUAGCAAUACUUUAUUAAAAGGAGCGCUCGUAUCGCGUUCAUCUGAAGGCAGUUCCAACAAUGUUAACAGAUCAGAAAGUAAAGAUUCCGUUACCAGCACACACUCUGAUUCUGUUUUCGAAAGAGGCACACGCACUGGCAAAGUUCCGGUACCAACACCAAGAAGCAAAGACUUAAUGAAAAUGGACACUGGAAGUGACUCAUUUAAAGGUACCAAGCCCAUAGCGAAAGAUUCUAGUUACCUCCGAUACACAGGACAACCACCAAUUCCACCCCCAAGAAGCUCAACAGAUAUGAGAACAAAUUACACAGAAUCUGGUUACGACGUCGACCAAGAUUCUUGCGACCAACCAAUAGAUUUUAGUAGAAAAUACUCAGAAACUAAGACAGAGUCUGAACCGGCCGAGAAACCUAAAUCUGAAAGCAAAAAGUACUCUAAAAAGGAAAGUCCAAAUACGUUUGGAGACUACCAAGAAACUGAUUUGGAUCAACCAACCGACUACUCUUUGCGAUAUGCGGAGCAUCAAUCUGAGAACGGUUCGGACAUAUCCGAGCCUCCAGCUCCAUCAGUCCACGAAGACACCAUUAAACACUUUGCCACCGAAGGCACGCCUUACGAAACUCCCAUAAUAUUUUCGACGGCGACGUCAAUGUCAGAUCUCCGUAUAAUUGGCAAAGAUGGGAAGCCUAAAACAUCGAGUGUGAAAGAGCACCCAGAAGCAAUGACUCACUCGGAUGAAAAGGACACUUGUUCUAUUGAAGAUCCCCCGCGACACGACAACGAUAUUGCCAUUUCUACACCACCAACUGCAUCGGUGUCCGAACCGGUCGUUGAGAAGCGAGGUGUCUUUGAUACUAAGUUCAGUUCGGGAAUGAUCAGUCCCGAAAAACCCGUAAACUACUGUGACGAAGGAACCCCGGGAUAUUUCUCUAGAGUUAGUUCUCUGAGUAGCUUAGGGGAGCCAACCGAAGAAGACAGCUUGGCUAAGAAGAAUGCUCAAGCAUCCAUAAACGUGGAACUAAGUCCACAGGAGCAAAGUACCAGCAGCUCCGGAAAGGACAAAGAAGGGUCGAAAGCAGUAACAUUCGCCACGGAGCCAGUGUCGAUACCGCAGGACGCGUCCGGCGCGGCGUCGGUGCGCACGUCCUCGCCGCGCUUCAUAGAGGACACUCCGCUCAUGUUCUCGCGGUCGAGCUCGUUGGGCUCCUUGCCGGAGUGCUCGCAGCAGGACGACCAGGGUUCCGUGGUGUCGGAAGUUAGCCGGCUGACGUCGGGCUGCAUCUCCCCGAGCGAGAUCCCGGACUCCCCCGGCCACAGCGUGCCGCAGUCGCCGCGCGCGCCGCUCGCGCCGCACGCGCACCACGCGCACUCGCCGCCCGCAGUGGAGCCGCGCAACAUAUCCGUGUUCGAGGAGCGCACGUCUCAGUUCGUGGUGGAGCACACGCCGGCGCAGUUCUCCGCCAACACCAGCCUCUCCAGCCUCACUAUCAACGACGAACCGAAGCUGCCGCUGCUACUCGAAGACAUAAAUCAAGAAUCAAACCCUGAUCUCGACAUAUCCCCGCCUGAAAAUGAACCGUUAUGUUCUGACUUGCUUGAUGACGGUUUACCAGCGGAAGAACCAGCUACGAACUCUAACGAUGAUAUUAAUCAAGGCGCGCACUCGACCGACAGCGACGCCAGCGACCGCGACCUGCUCAACGAGUGCAUACAGAAGGGAAUCGCACAGGUCGUAAAGAACAAAGGACCACCAUCUGACGUAUCUUCCGUUAACCACUACCCGCUGAGGGAUGACGUUUAUCCUUCAUUGCCGCCCUACUUGCGAUCAUCCACGGAGACUAUCAUGAUGUCGCACGACUUUGGAAGGAAUGUCCGGGAUUGCAGUCCGCGUCAGAGUCCACCGCCUUUACCUCCAAAAAUACGUCACCCUGAAGCUCCACCUAGACCACCACCUCUUGAAGACCAUCAACUAAUUGAAGGUAUUACAGGACGAAGACAUGAAAGUCGUCAGCUCGAGAAAACGCAACGGGAUAAGCCGAGACUGCCGGUCACCCAAACCUUGGCGCGAAACGACUCGCUCAGCUCUCUCAGCCUAGACUCCUUCGGUUCCACAGACAGAGAAAUAUUCGAGGAGACAGUUAAAGCGGGCCUCUCCAGCGUCAACCCUCGGGCCAAAUUCGCUCUAGAAAGCGACAAAGGUAAGGCACACUCCGUCGAAAGAAAACCGGAGUCCGCUAAGCACAGUCGAAAUCACAAAUCACUAGACAGAAGCGAUAAGAUAUCACAUCGAGGACCGAAAGUACGAGAUGCUGAAUUUGAAAAGAAUCUCGCAUCGGGCGCCUAUCAUAUCAAAUCUUCAAACAAAGUGAAGAAGUUGGAACAGGAUUUCGCUAACUUGAACGUAACCAGGUCACCGUAUUCGUACCACGGGGAGACAUCCGGCGCUCAUCACUCGAGGCUCAGAGGCCACUCGCGGUUUUACGACGACGGACCACCGAGCCUACCUGCGAGGAUCGACGACCCGAGGCGACUAGACAGGAGCAACUCUCUCAGCUCCCUGAGCAACGACUCCUUCGGGUCGACCGACAAGGAGGUGUUCGAGCGCUCCGUGCGGAUGGGCAUGUCGAAACCGCAACCCAAGAAGCGGGACGACGGCAAGCUGAGGGUCCGAAGCGACGACCGACUGGAAGUCAGAGAGUCGCACCGGCGACGUCGCAAGGACACGAAGCAGCACCAGGGGGCCCUGGACAAGAUGGUCGGCGACGAGUACUCCAAGGACCGCGCUAUCCUGGAGGAGGUGAUCGCUCGCGGGGCGGGCGAGCUGCGGGGCGGGGAGGGCUCGCAGCCAAAAAACGUCCCGGCGCCGUCUGCGGUACUCGCGGCCGCAGGCGCGCGCGCCGCCACCGCGCGAGGCAGCACUGGCUCUGAGCACGACUCGGCGCUCGACACCACGGCCGACAGCGCCGCCGACGCCGGCGACGCCGCCGGCGGCUGUCGCAACUCCGCGCUCGACCUGUCCAACGAGCUGCCCACCGUCGACUCGGGCAACACCACGCUGGACUCCGACUGCAACGACAUGGAGCACUCCAACGAGUGCCUCGCGCCCGAGUCCGGCAACACGACGGUGGAGUCGGAGCGGGACGAGCUGAACCGCUCCAACGAGUCCUACGCGGACGUGCUGGACGGCUCGUGGAGCGACGAGGACGACAAGCCGAAGUGCUACGAGGCCGCCACUCUGACGAGGAAGAGUAAGCCUAGGCUGGAGUGGACCGAUAUCAAGUGCACCGAUAGUCAAGUUAAUUUGGACGACGUGUCGAAGAAGAGCAACGAUACGUGGAACGAAAACACGUGUCCCGACGACGUCACUUUUCCCACUAUAAGUGGUUCCGUCCAUAUGGUUUCGUCUAUGAGAAGUGAAAUAGUAGAUGCCACUAUGGCUUUGCCGGACUUAUUGGAGAAAAGUGAAAUGCCAAUUUUAUUCUCGAGACCCGAUUUAACGGAUAAGCUCGACGGAAAUAUAGGAUACAGCGACGAGGGCAAAUUAGAUGAUAGAAUUUUAAUAGAAAAUAUACCCGAACCAAGUUUCACUUCCUUAGUCGACGAUGGAGAGCCGAAAUUUGAUUCAAUCAUAUCUUCCGCAAUCGAGCAGGAAGCCGCGCGCUUGGCUGCUCAAUUGAAAAUCUCCCAAUACGUCAUGGAGAAUAGUAUGACUUCUUUAACAUCGAUAGAUUUAGAUAAUGUUAAACCACCUUCUAACUUGGGCAGCUUACUGUCACUCAGCGUUUCGGGCCAUUUUGACGACUCGUCUGCUCAAACGUCGAAAAAAUGUCAAAGAAGUCGUAAAAAGUCAUUACCAGUUGCAUUAAUGGUUAAAAGGGCGCUCAGCAAUUCCAUACAUCAAGGCAGCUCCGAACAUCUGGAUAGUAUACCACUCAGUUUCUUAGACAACGUAAAACCUCCUUCGGAAAUGGAAAAUCUUGAUAUGGAUGGGAGCAUGAUAUCUGUAUCGAGUAUUGCAUCUGAAGUAGCAGAAAUAAGAGAUAGUAAAACUCCAAUAAUAUUUGAUUUUAAACAGCCAAUACAAGAUUUUCCUCUCUGUACUACGUUCACUCAUGUCUUCCAUGAUCUAGACAAAGUAAAUCCUCCGUCUCUAUUUGAUGAAAUGGCAGAAUCGACAUUAGAAGUAGAACCGACAACAGCCCAUGAAGUUUACGAUGAUUGCGUUUCCAAUACUCUGAAUGUAAUAACUGACCUACCUUCAGGUUCUGAAAAUUGUACACCUUUACCAUCUGACAUAAGUAGUGUGGAAUCAACUCCAAAAAGACAACGUGACACUAAAUACUUAACCCCGAAAGAAAAACGUAACGCGGCCAAAUAUCGCUACCAAACAUACACUAUUACUGACACCGUAUCAGAAAGUGAUGUCGUUUUAAAAGUAAAAUCGGAAGAAUUCGUCACUUGGACAAAAUCUGAAAGUGACAGAUCUGAUGAUUACGUUACAGCGACAUCUGAACCUAAAUCGAAACGAAGGGUUAGCGCAAAGCAGAGAAGACAAGAGGAUCGAGCAAGAUAUCAAACUCAAACGGUCGACAUUCAUAACAUUUUGUCAUCUUCACAAGAAGCAUCACAAUCUAAGGACCAACCUAACCCGCACAUCGAAAGUUUAAAACAGCGGUUAGCUGCAAAGAAAACAUUAAAACAAAGACGUUUAGAAGACGCAGAAAGAUUUAGAACCAGAACUUUGAGUGAGGAUAUCCCUCCAUCGCCAACUUUCGUCACUAAAGAUGCAAAUUUCGAGAAUGUCGAGACUACCACUGGCUACGAUAGCUUGUCUUCUAAUGAAUUGAACCAUCAACAGUUACUCGAUGAUAGACAAAACGAUGAUGUCUUCCGAGACGCAGAUAGCGGACACAACGAAGACGACUUUGAAUUAAAUUCGACACAGUUAAAAACAUACACACAAAGUUUUAGAAACUAUUUACCUGUUAUCGAAAGCCCAGCGUCAGUAGAUAUGUGUGUAGUCAAUAACUUAAAAAAUAUUGAGAUGACGGCGUCAUAUAGACGUACAUUACAAAAUGAUAAAAAUCCAAAUCCAUGUAGUAGUGAUUUCGCUAGCUACGAAGGUGACAGUAAUUCAGAAGAUAAAGUGCAUUCAGAAUCGGACUCAGAAACGCCUUCUUCGAGGCCUAAGCCGAAAAUACUUAAACCUGAACGAAGAGACGAGAGUUUAGACUCCAACGACUCUGGUGACAAAGAACAUGAAGCACCGAAAGCAGUAAGAGGUAGAAAAAAGGCAAUGUACGUAUCACCAUACAGACGAAACGUACCGAGUCCGAAGAAAACUGUAACGCCACCUGUUAAAACAUCUCCUAAGGUUACUACCACAGCAAAGGUUGCAGCAGGCUCUGCCAAAGCUCAAACCAGUGCCAAAACGCCUAGCAGGGUAUCAACUGCAUCUAAAACCCAUACGACUUCUCCUAAAAAAGCUGUACCGAACAAAUCACCAUCUAAAGUAGUUCAAAAACCCAUAAGUAUUCCACCGGCUCCGGCUAAACCAAUUCCUUUGGUAAGACAAGGUACAUUUACUAAAGAAGAAAGUUCUGUGCCUGCUAAAGAUCUUCCAGUUCCUGAUAAAAAAGCGACUGGAUCGCGUGCAGGAACGGCCGUUUCCCCUACGAAACAACCGGCUAAUAUAUCUCCAUCACGGCUACCUCAGUUUAACCGCUCCCGGCCUUCAAUGAGCAAACCAACUAAGCAGUCGAAACAAAGUACCUCCGCAAAGCGUAAUUCGGAGCCGGCAAUGAAGAAUUCACCUUCCAAUCACAGUUUACAAAGUAACGACAGCGGAAGAACGAUUGUAUUAGCUCGCGGUUCCAGACAAGGGAGCACGUCUAGUGUUAAUUCGGUUACAUCGUCAAAAACGAAGGACGUGGAAAGCAAAAUAGCAAAUCUUUGGAAGAAAGUCGAACAAACAAAGAAAUUACCAGCGAAGAAUGAUAAAAGAGUAUGGAUAGAGAGCGACAAGACUGAAACACCCAAGCUGAUAAGGAGUUCCACCUUCGAAGGUCAACCGAAGCAGAGUCAGGUCUCCACGGCGACCAAACAGAAGUCGGCGAUCGGCAUACGAGUGUCGCAGAUUCCAAGCCUGAGACCGAAAUCGACACCGACUAAGACUACGAGCCAAAGUAAUGUCGGCAAGAAACCAACGACCACGAGAACGUUCUUACGUAAAGGAGGCGGCCAAGUCGCAUCGUGUUCGUGAACGGAACGCUGAAUCAUAUUUGUAACCGUCCCAAAUUUGUGUUUGGGUUACUUUAAAUUCGUGCAAUUUAUAAUAUUUAAACGUUGCUUCUUAACGUUGGAAACACGACCAACAUAUUAUGCAACUUUAUAAAUUAGCAAUAAUACGCUCGCCAUUGAUUAAACAGCAAUAAUCAACAGAGAAUAUAAGAACGUCUUAGAAAUAAUUAAAUUUAAUCGAAUUCGGAUGAUUUGUAAUUCAAUUAUAUGGUUUGUGAAUGUGUUUGGACAAAUCUUGCACUUCCAGAUAUUUGCACUAAUGUUGUGCACGGUUUUUGUCCGAGUAAUUAAUUUGUUUAUGGAAUAUUUGCUUUUGUUGUAAGACGAUUUUUUUUUGUUCUAUUUUACUAUUUACUUUGUAUAUCGGUUGCAUUUAUUUACUGUUGGGACGAAAAUAUUUAAUAAAAAAAAAACAAAAUAUAGUUGUAAGUAUCACACGAUGAUUAAACGUCACAAUUUUAUAUACGAACUGGCAUAUUCAUUUAUUAUAAUAUAUUCAGAUGAAAUACUGUUUAAGCAAAUUUCGCUCCGUUUUCUCAACACCAAAAAUAUCUACCGUAGAAUUUACGGGAUGAAAACAUGAGCUUUUCUACUGUACUAUUUCUUAUGGUAUUUUAUCAUUGUAAAUAUUCCUAUAUGACCUAUUUAAGGUUACCAAACGCAUAUUUGUAUAUUUUUCAUAAUAUUAUAGUUAUAAAGGAUCACAUCGCUUCGGAGUAAAAAUGAUGGCAUAGUGUGUUAUGUCGUAACUUUUUACGUCUAGUCAGUUUUAAUGUUAGAUAAGCAAAGUAGUGAAUUCGGCUUGCGAUAUUUAGUAUGGAAAGCUUCGCAUUAAGCGUAAAUUUUUUGCUCCGAAAAAUAAACUGGCUUCUCAAAUUUUUUACAUAAUUAUAGGCUUUCUAAGCGUUAUUUGCGUAAGACAUAAUUAUUUUCUAAAAUUGUUCUAAAUAAUAGAAUAUAUUAAAUUCCAUUUCAUAAUCUUUUCCUUAUUGAAUAAACAUGUCAAUUGAACAAUGUACAUCAGACUGAUAUUAUAUAUAUUGUCUCGCUUAUAUUUUUGGAUCAUCUUUGUCUAAAAUAUUGCCAAUUUAGUUAAUAAUAUUUGGAAGUUAAAUUAGUAUCAAUUGAACAUGGACAGAACGACAGUCUGUUUCUGCUAAACAAUGCGCCGGCAGUACGUUUGAGCACUGAUAAGGGUUUAUUUAAUCUUGUAGUUCUAAUAAUAAUACAACUCCAUAGAAAAUACCAUUAGCUUCGAUAAAACUGUUUAUUCCAUUGAUUUAGCGUCAAGUUAUCCUAGUGUUAAAACGUAAAUAGAUAAAUAUUUGGUUGUAUUAACCCCUUAGUAGUAGUUCUGACAAGCCAGUUUUAGCUAAAUGAUUAUAUGAUUAGUUUUAAGGUGCGUAAUUCGAUGGUAAUAAAUGGAACUUACCGCA